UUUUUUGUCCCGGCUGCCACACAUGGAAUCGUUUAUGAAGGAACAUCCCGAGCUUAAGGAGCAGUGCAAGCGGAAAAAAGCGAAGUUGUCUCAAAUGCUCGUCGAUGUUCGCAAUGAAGAGACGGUUUCCAAGGCAUUGGAAAAUCUAGAGCCAUUAUUCGACGAAAUAGAGAAGCAACUGAUAUCGCAUUCAGAAGAACGCGCCAACUGGUGGUUGUGCUGCGAGCACGUGACCCCGGCUGACAUCAUUCUCUGCAUCUUGCUGGAGAGACUCACGUUUGUCGGACUGAUGGAGCGGUACUGGGGUUCUGGGAAGAGACCAGCUAUAGCAGCCUACCGCGCUCGCUCUCAAGCACACCCGCCUUUCAUGGCGCUCCCGCGAAAUUAGUGCUAAUGAGCAGUAUAUGUGGUGCACGAAAACUUGGAAAGUCGGAACUAAAAUUUCUUCUGACUUUAAUGCCGUCAGGUUGAGUGCGCGCAUGAUAAGCUCUAGUGAUUACUCCAAAUGCAUACGCACGCACGCACGCACACACACAUCGCGCAUGGCGUAUAGCAACACUAAGAUCAGGAGUGAAUAAUAGAGAUCUCUAUUAAUAGAGAUUAAUUAGAGAUAAUUAGAGAUUAAUUAGAGAUAAUUAAUAGAGAUCUCUAUUAUUCCUGCUACUCGAUGCUUGCUAUUGAUCUCUAAGAUGUAAUACUGUAGUUAUAUUUUGGCAAUCUUUUCGGUUUAUUGCUAUUAACUAAUCGCUGUGGUGGUGGACAGUCUGGUCCGCCGUACAAGGUUCUACCUGAUUGACUCUGUUACAUUACUGAAUAAACUUUAUUCAAAUCUCAUGAGACGAAUUAGUGUUUCCAGACCGCAUAUUUUUUUAAUACUGCAACGAAAAUGAAUUCGUCACGCGUAUACGGUACAUGGAAUCCUGUGUAUUGAUGUUUAGCGUUAAAUGAUCGAAUCUGCCUAGACCCGUGAUUGUCAUGAUCAAUUAUUACUGCUUGUACAUCUUUUGGUAUAAACAUUAAAUAAAAUUGCAGCAAAA